ACAGAAACUAAGUGAGGACACACCUCAGUCAGACUAGAUUAGUUGUGGAUUCAUUUGUCAGUGUGUAGUAUCAGUUACAGACAGAGCUCGCCUGAAAUACAUCUGAUCAUGAACCCUAAUAAGAGAGGGGGCUCCUGGACUGAUCCGAGAAGAGGAGGAGGAGGAGGAGGAGGGCAGCAGCACCACACCAACAACAUGCAACCCGGAGAGACUGAAAACCACCUCAAUAACAACCAAAACCUGCAGAACACACAGAACCCGCAGGCUCAGCAACCCACACACUCUGAUGGAUUUACCAUGGUUCCACCAAAUGAAUCAAGACGGAGCAAAAUGCAGAGGAUUGCUCGAACAGAGGAGGAGAACUAUAACAGAUGGAAGGAGGAACAUCGGCCUGGCCCCAUUAACCUGGCCCCUGAGAUGCUAGGUGGCGGUGUAUCCUUGGCAGAGGUGAGGCAGAGACAGCAGAUGGAGGUCCGCCAAUCAAAAGUAGAGAAAAAGAUCCGAAAAGAAGAAAUGGACAGAAUCAGGAGAGAGGAAGAAGAAGAAAAGAAUCAGAGGAUGAAGGCCAUUCAAAGGGAGAAGGCCAAUAAAUUGGAGAUGAAGAAAUUACAGGAGGAGCAACAGAGAAGGGAGCUGCACCAACAUGAUCUACAAAUGAUAAGAGAACAGCAACAACAAAGGCUUCAGAGGUCCAGCUCAGUUCCUAUGGCAGCGAGCAACUCCACACCAGCGUCAUCUUGGGAUAGGGGGCGCGAGUACAGGGAAGCCAGGAGGGCUGAGGAGCAGAAGGAACUGCAGCUGAGGAAAGCAGAGCAGCGCUUGAAGAGUGAAAUUUUGGAGGAAAAACAAAAACACGAGGAGGAGGACAGGAAGAGGCGAAUGGAAAGCGAACGUCUGCGGGUGAACUCGGCCUUCCUAGACAGACUGGAGGCGAGCGGAUCAGGUAGAGCGUCUGGGUCCCACCCCUGCACCCCGGAGGGUGGUAACAUCUGGAAGACGGAGGAACCACAAGACCCUGCCUCAUCCCCGAUGCCCUUCACAACACAGCUCCACAGUAUCAAGAAGGAGGAAGAGGAGGAGGAGGACGAGAAGAGGGAUGUGAAAGUGGAGGAGGAGGACGAGGAAGCCGAAUGUGAAUGGGCCGUGAUGAAGCUUCAGAAUGACUUCCCUUAUUAUGAGCGAGAUUUCCUCAAAGACAUUGUCUCCCAAUGUAACAACAAUUACAAGCAAGCUUAUGAUCUACUCAAUGUUUAAAGUAGACAACAAUGUUGGUACAGACUAUAAUAUAUAUAAUAAACUGACAUGCCAAAUAUCAUGAGUCAGGAACCAGUAUCAUCCUCGGGUAUUGAAUGAGGAUGUGAUUACUUGUCUGUUUACAGGAUCUUAUCCUUUCUGGUCUUCCUCCUGCCUCUGUUGAUCCCCUGAUUCCUAAGGACACCGUCUUCACCAGCCAAUCAGAAACCGUUUUUUCUAUGCUGCUUCCCCUGAGUUCUAAUUUGAUGCACCUGUCACUGAUUCUGAUACCUUGUGUGUAUUUAAACCUGUUUUUUUUUUGUUGUAUUUUUUCAGUCUUUUGCUUAUUGUCCAUUCCUCUCAGUUUUGAUUCUGACUGUCUAACUUUGGUUUUCCUUGUAUUGCUUGAUUGUUUGGUUUGUUUAAUUUCCUGGUUUUAAUUCUGGCUUUGUUCACUUGGCUCAUACAGAGUACCGAUUCUGGGUCCUUCUAAAAUCAGUGGUCUGGGGUUCACUUCAAGCAGACUCAGAUUCGGACCGUGGUAUUUGUGAAAGCUAUCUCAGCCCGGGCUCAUGUAACGCUUUAACUUCCCACAUUAUUUCCAUAUAAAUUGAUUAACAAGACUUAAUACCUAAUUAAUCCACACUUUAAUAGAACAGGAGCGAAGGUACUCUCACCUCUGUGGAGUGAGUGCAGAAACUGACAGCAUAAACCCUUGUCUUGCGCUGCCCUGCCUGUAUAAUUAUCUUCUCAUACGCAAACAGCUGCUGGUUUGGAGGAGCUUCACAGUGGAAUGUCAUGCACGCUAAAAGUGCUGUUUCUCACUACUCAAGUAUUUUUAUCCAAUAAAAAUAAUAAAAAGCAGCCGUCAGCCGAAGCGUUUAUGAACUACACACAGAAAAGUGACAUAUAGGAUUAAGCCUUCGAUCCACAGUUCGAAAAAAGUUCUCGAGUGUGAAACCAGUGAUAAUGAGCUCCUCCCCCAAACGAGCCCAGAAUUGGCCCUGGGUGCGGAUUAAUUUAUUCGGCAGAAGUUUAGAUGCCCUUAGAUGCUCAAGCAGCUUUCAGUCCUUAAUCAAACUACAAUAAUUCAUGACACCUUGCCAUGAUCACACUGCCCACUCACAAAAUAACAGCUCACACCUUUUACAGUUGUGGGUUUCCCAAGCUGCUCCCUGAGGUAACAUUUCAUGAUGAAUUUACAUACUGCUAUUCCAUGACUUUUGGCAUGUCAGUGUAUAUGCUGUACACAUACUUUAGAUGUGAAAUUCAGGUUCUCAGAAAACAAUUUAAAGCUACUUGAUACUGUAUGGGUGGAUUUUAAGGAAAAAUCAAAACAAUAAA